AUGGAAACGGAAACGGAAAAAGUGAAAAAUGAUCAUCAACAACAUGAAAAACGUGAAAGGAAAUUAGAUUUUUCACAUCCAGAUAUACAUAAUAAAAAUAAUAAUACAAAUAAGCGUCAUAAUGAAUUAUUAUCAGAUCAACGAUGUUUAUCACCAACAAAACAGAUAUCAUCAUCUAUGCAAACAAAUCCAAUUAUGUUAAUGAAUAAUCCAUUAUUACAUAUCCAACAACAACAACAACAACAACAUAGACAACGUAUUGGUGGUGCUGGUGGCAGCGUCGGCGGCAGUGGUGAUCGAUCAUUAGCACAGCAAGCAUUAUUGAAUCGUGCAUUACGUAAUAGACGUCAUACAUUGGCCAAUGUUAAUCGGUGUUUAUUCAUUCUCAAUAAUUCAAUAACAUUAUGAUAUUGUAACGGUUGUUUUGUUUCAAAGAAUAUCGAUAUUCUUUGUUU